UUACGCAACACUCACUACGUGUUUUUAACGUGCUGCUUGUGAACACACCCCUCGCACGCGCUCUCAGCGGUAGAUUCUGAUUGGACGGACUUCUGCUACGAGGAAAAUGGGAGACGACCUGGGUGAAGAGUGGUGGACACACGAGGGCAACUCAGAUGCGUUUGCGGCCGAGGAGGACACACAACCACUGAAACAGCUGCAAGAGAAGGACAACAAAAAGAAAAAGCCAGAGAAGAGGAAGUGUGUAACUGAGGCAACCGUUAAAGCCAAGAAGAAGAAAGAGAUUGAACAGAAGAAAGCUGCUGAGGAUGAAAAGUCAACAAAAUCCAAAAGAAAGAGGAAGAAGAAGACUAUUACAGAUGUGCUGUCCUCUUUGGAGCCAAAACCGGGCUCUCCAGCAGACCUGCAGAACCUGCUUACGCAGCACUUCUCAGACAAGCUCUCUGUAAUCGAGCAGGAGGAGCUCAAACUGCUGGACUCCAGCUUCCUGUCCAGUAAUGACUUGACGCACACAGUCUCCUCGUAUCUCAAACAAGUUUGCCCCAAGUGGUCGAAGAUUCAAAAGCAGCACACUGAGAAGAGGGCCUUGGUUCUGCUAGUUGUCUGUAGCUCCGCCAUUCGAGCCAUCAAGCUCAUCAAGCAGAUGACGGCGUUCAAGGGCGAAGCUAAAGCAGUGAAACUUUUUGCUAAACACAUCAAGAUAGAGGAGCAGGUGAAGCUGCUCCAAAAGGGCACCACCCACAUAGGAGUAGGGACACCCGGCAGGAUGAGCGCUCUUGUUGAGAAGGAGGGUUUGAGCCUGCAUGCGUUGAAGUACGUGGUCCUGGACUGGAACUGGAGGGACCAAAAGCUCAGAAGGAUGGUGGACGUUCCUGAGAUCAAACUGGACUUAAUGAAGCUGCUGGAGGGCGGUAUCCUGAAGCGUUGCAAAGAAGACAAAGUCAAAAUUGGACUAUUUUAACUGGCCGUUGUUGACCUGCUGUGUGCUGAUGAUUCAAAGCUACAAUUCAAUGUUCCUCACAACAAGCUGAGGCGCCUCAUCCUGUUUGUUCUCUUUCGUGUCAGUGUAAAAUGUGUUCUGUACCUUUUUGCUAUUUUCAGAGUCAAAUGUGUGGUGGUGUUUGUUCGCCCUUGUUGUCCAACACGAUGGAUUGAAUAAACAGAGUCCGAGAAACCAGCAUCUUUU